AUAUUGUACAUGUACACACAACCUUUUAGCCCCGUCUGCGAACUAAUUUCUACGCGUUUAUCAUUAAAACAGUGUUUAAUUGAUUUCAAAGUGAUUUUAUUUGAAAAAAUUUCCAACUUUAUUCAUUUUUCUCAAAAAAACAACAAGAAAAUUUGGUUACAAACAUACGAUAAAAUCAGUGUACUUUUUGGAUACUUGGAUAAAAUAAAUUUUCCAAAAUACUAAAGAUAAUGAAAAUACCAACAAACACAAUGCAAUUAUUCGACGAAAUAUCAACAUACAGUGAAUCGGUGCACACCACAAAUGGUAACUAUUAUUCGGAGCCAGAUGAUCAUCCAGUCUUAGAUGGUGAUUUCUCUGAAUACAUGUGGAUGGAGAAUGAGGAACAGUUCGAUCGACAAGUGAUGGCUGAGUUAGAGGAAGAGGAACUAAUCGAACAGUGUAUGGAAGCGAUGUUAGAGGAUGAAUUACAGCAAAGUCAUAAUCAAUCGUUGAACAGUACAAAUUUACCAUCCACACAAGGACAAAACGAUUCAUCAAGUUCUAACAACGAAGAUGAUAUUUUGUCAUUAUGCGACGCUUUGGACAAAGUAAGCACAUCAUAUAGCGUAGAUAAAAGCACUUUAAAUCCACUAGCAGCUGAAUUCGUACCAGGCAGUCGUGUAAACACACAACAAUCUACUCAUGUCACAUCAGCAUCGGCUGGUGUUUAGUUUGUCUAUGUCCUACAAUUAGCACUCCUACAGUUUAAUAUUAUAUAUUAAAAAACAAACAAACAAACAAA